AUGUCGCACUUCGAGCAUCAGUCUCCUCGCUCGAAAAGGAGAAAGCUUGAUCAUGCAGAGGAGGGGGAGGGUCCUGCUCCGAUCACCUCUCAUACUCAGCUGCGAACUUUGCUGGCUUUCCAACAAAAUGUUAUAGAGUCCAAGCAGGGUAUCCGCCAGUUCAAGGACUUUCUCACAUCUAUUGCUCAGUCUGAAAAAGAGGGCGAAAAGGCCAAGAAGUUCCGAAUUCUCAAGGCCUAUUGUGAUACCCAGCUCACUCGCACAGCGACUGAGGAUGAUGCUAUCUGUUUUCCUGAUCUGAUUCAAACCUGGGGCUUUGCAGACAGCAGCAACAAUGAAUCGUUAUUGACGGUUGUCCCGUCCGUCCUGGCUCUCUUCAUCAAGACCAUCUCCACUCAACUGGAACUCCGAGACUUCGGGUUGGCCCUGUGCAAGCAUUUGUUGCAGAAAGAUCAACUGAGGCUUUUUAACCGUGGGCUAACCGCACUCAAGUCCAAGGAGCACUUGAUUUCGCCAUGUCUCCGACUUCUCACGGAGAUUGUCAGUUUCGAUGGAGGGGCGGUUGCCCGCCAGGUGUACAUGGCGCGGUACAUCACAUUCAAGCGGCUUGAUCUGUUCCUAACACCGAACAAAGCUCAGCUCGAGGAUGCCGACGCAUCUAAAAAGUCAACCUUACGCCGGAAUGCUCAAAAAUAUAUCCUCGCCAACCUAAAGGUUCAACAUGUGACUGCUAAGAGCGAGAUCAUCGAGCAGCACAAGGUGAUCAUCAAAGCAUUCUUUGAAUUCAUUAGAAAGGACCCCCGCGAUAUCAUUUUGGAGACAAUCAAGUGUAUCGAUAAAGAUAUCAUACAGGAUGCUUCCCUUUCACGUAAUGCCAAAACGAGAUUCUUCAACAGAUGGAAUCUCGAGAGACUCGUCACUCUAUAUGGCUAUGAGCGAGAAUCUGAAGAGCCGAAUUCCUCUGGAGUCUCGAUUGCCGAUGAGGUUCAUGAUAUUCUUUUGAAGAUAUGCACGGAUACCAACCUUGGUGUUCUCCUACCAGGGACGGGCUGGUAUCCGAAUGGGACUGAUCCCGAAUCUCUGCCGACAGAGAAUGACACUUCAAUUGAGCUGGGAUUGGACUCCGCUAUGUAUGUGGACAAAUACAAGGAUUCAGUCCCUGUUCGCAAUGGAACUCUGUCUUUUGUUAUCCAAGCGCUCCGUCCGGAUAUGGAUCGCCUGCAGAUUGAAUUAUUGGUAGCGAUCUUCAAGGCCGCACCGGAACUGGUCGCAGAUUACUUUACAAAGAAAACAAUGUUCAUCUCGGAUCCGAAGCCCACGCCUUCUUGGAUGGCCGAGUCGGCGCUUUUGUUCUCGAUAGUCAGCCUACCCAUCCCACCAAACUGUGGUUGGCAAGACAAACUACCUGCUAUGCCCCCACCGGUCUCCGUUGUUAUCGAGAAUAUUCUUCCACGUCCACUCACUCAGAAGGUCAUGAGUCGUUGCCUCAACCUGAACACGGAAAUUGUCACUUUGUUCGCUGUUCGAAUCUUGACAGUCGCAUUCAACAAACUACAUGCAGCCCUCAAGAUAUUCAACGCUGACCACGGAUCUAGUCAGCCAUUCUGGGCCCAAGCUGCAAGCAAGCUGGCCGCGGAAUUUUGUCGUCGAUGCCCCGUGAUUAAGGACGUUAUUCUUUUAUUCCGGCGAACAGCCAAGGAAGAUCUGCAGCAGCAAGAAGCCGUUGCGGAGCUUCUUGCUUGUUUCUACAACGUUGUUCCCGAUGUUGCCAUUGAGGAAGUUUUCGACGCUUCUCUCGUUUUGGUUGAUAUUCUCAAACGCCUGGAAAACUCCGAGCUUUCAGAAGACGAUUCCGAGUCGCUUCUUGGUCAGAUGCAAAACGUUCUCAAGAUUGCACAGCAGUCAGCCUCUAUGCGGUGGUGGCAACAACCAGUUUCUAUGCAAUACUCAGCGUUCACGUCCAUUCUCAAAGUUCUCAUUGAAACUUCAGCCAACGAUACGUCGAAGGAGAUUGAGAAGCUUUUGACGGCGAUCCUGAUGGAAAGUUCAAUCAUAAAGACUCAGGCAGCGUUUGCCGCCCUUCGAUUGAGCUUUGAUGCCUCAAAUUCUGAUAGUUUCCACCACCAACUGGCUUUCUUUGAUAAUUGUGCUUGCAGAGUCGCAAAGAAGCCAGUCCACUACGACGAUUUAGCCUCGUCACUCGUUGAAGUUGACGCCAAACCCGUCAGUUGUAUUGUCGCAGCAAUCAUCGAGCAAUGGCCCUUCGUUGCCAAAAAUGGAGAUUCAACUGCAGAGGAGGCGGUGGGUACAUGGAUCGCUAGAGUCCUUGGGAAGCUGAAGCUGGCACAAGAAGACUCGAAGGGUUUGAAGGCUGCUCGAGACGGCGUUCUACAAGAUGUUCACAGCAAGCAGCUGAAAUCCAGUCUUAAGAAAGCUUUGAAGGAUGCCGUUAAUGGAGAUGAAACUGAUAUCAAGGCUCAGCGUGAUGUAGCUCGCCCAACGUCUCAGGGACAGACAGCCAAGGAGCCAGAAGUGGAUUUGAUAGAAAUAUUUGGAACUCUGCCAACUGAAGGCACAACUCACAAUGAGCUACACAGAUGGGAGAAGGAGGAACUCGAGAUUGCAGUCGAGCAAGGCCGCAUCGCUGAUUUAAUGCUAUGCUUGUGCUCAGGAUAUGAAGAGGUCAGAAAACAAGCGUUUGCUAACUUAAUCCGAUUCAUGUCAAAGCUCAGGGAAUCCAAGUAUGCUGAAUGGCGCUCGGUGUACAUCCUGACCGGCGAGUUACUUGAGACUGUGAAGCAGAUCGGGCUCGAGGCUCCUGUACCAUGGAUAGUCGGGGAGUGUGCUUCGUGUUGUUUGUCGGUGCUUACCAACCCGAUGCACAAACUCUACGGAAAGGUCAAUAAGUUUCUCCAGAAGGCACCUUCUUGGGAGGUGGAAAAACUCCCAUCCUAUUGGAUUGACAAAAUUUUGCUUCAUGAACCCGAGUUGGAUGAUGGCUACUUCGAGGAAACGAGUUGGUUGCUGGAUUUCUUGAUCAAGGGACUCCACACCGAGACGGAUAUGGAGAUCUAUCGGCGUGCAAACGUAUUUGAGCGCAUGCUCUCUUUCUACGACUCACCCAGCAGCGGGGUGUCCAUCAAGAGGAAGACCUUGCAUCUUCUAUUCCGAUCGACACAAGUUGGCGGAAGCACGACUUUGAUUACCAGAGCCGGCGUCAUCAGCUGGAUUCAAAGCCAGGUUCCAGUCGUGAAUGCUAAAGAGGCUUCUACAUUUGCGGCUAUGGCUCACACCCUGCAAGAGGGCUCGGAUCAGGACCGGGUUGCGAAAUGGAGUGGAGGGGCAGUCUCACAGGCUGUUGAGAAUAUCGCUGGAUAA